AUGGCCGACACACAGGACGCGGCCGCCGCGGCCCCCACCAAGGCCAACACCUUUGUCGUCGGCACGCGCAAGUCGCCCCUCGCCAUGGCCCAGGCCGAAAUCGUCGUCGCCAGCCUGCAGGCCAUGUUCCCCGACCACUCGUUCCCCAUCCACGGCAUGACGACGACGGGCGACCGCGACCAGAACACGGCGCUGUACAACUUUGGCGGCAAGGGCCUGUGGACGUCGCAGCUCGAGGACAAGCUCGCCGCGCGCGAGCUCGACCUCGUCGUCCACUCCCUCAAGGACAUGCCCACGACGCUGCCCGACGGGUGCGCCCUCGGCGCCGUCACCAAGCGCGAGGACGCCCGCGACGUGCUCGUCAUCAAGCGCGCGCACGUCGACGCCCACGGCUGGCGCUCCAUCGCCGACCUCCCCGCCGGCAGCGUCAUCGGCACCAGCAGCGUGCGCCGCAUCGCCCAGCUGGCGCGCCGCUACCCGGACCUCAAGUUCAAGGACGUGCGCGGCAACCUGCAGACGCGCCUCGAGAAGCUGCGCACCGACGACGAGAUGACCGCCAUUGUGCUCGCCGCCGCGGGCCUGCAGCGCAUCGGCCUGGGGCACCACAUCUCACAGUUUCUCGACACCGACGGGGGCGGCAUCAUGCACGCCGUCGGCCAGGGCGCCCUGGGCGUCGAAUGCCGCGCCGGGGACGAGCGCGUGCUGGAACUGCUGCGCGGGCUCGAGGACGGGGAGACGGCCUUGGCGUGCGCGACGGAGCGCAGCCUCAUGCGCACGCUGGAGGGUGGGUGCAGCGUACCCAUCGGCGUAGAGACGCGCUGGGUUGAGGGCGGCAAGCUGCGGCUGCGGGCCACGGUGGUGUCGGCCGACGGCAAGCAGGGCGUCGACGCCGAGGUGACGGAGGCGGUGGGCUCGCUCGAGGCCGCCGAGGAGCUGGGCAAGCGGGUGGCGCUCGACCUGGUGAGCCGCGGGGCAGACAAGAUCCUGGACGUCAUCAAUGCGAAGCGGCCGCUGGAAAAGGCGGCGUGA